UAAAAAAGGCAGGAUAAAAAUAUAAUAAUAAUUUCACUCACUGCACAAUGCUAGCACUCAGAAUGGUGGGAAUUUUUACACACCACGACUUAAUGUACAGUAAUUCUAAUUCUUUCUUCCCAUCUGCAUGACAUAAGAAUAGCAAUGGGUGAUUACAGGACUGUGGAAAACAUACUACAUCUCUUUCCUGUCUUGGGCUACCUUUGCCCAGAAUGCAACAUCAUGCACCAUAGGUUAUAAACCAUAAUGGUGUAGCUACCCAAACCCAAAUCUCACAUUAAACCUUAGUGUGUGAAUUAGGCUAUUGCAUGCAACCAUAAACUGGUUGGUUUGUUUUGGCUUAGCCAGGCCCACCACAUCAGGGUUGCAAAACUAACGAUCACCAGGUGGUGGCACAGAGUUUUCUGCAUCACGUUGUUGCCACCAAGUGGUAGACCAGAAUUUUAAGCUCCAGAUAUGGGUAAACUAAGGCAAAUUCUCCAGAAGGCUUCAUCCAAUUAAGAUGGUAAACCAAACGAGGGUGGUGAUGGGGAUGCUGGUUCAAUCUAUGGGAACCCCAAGGUUAUCUGGUCAACGAUACAUCAAAGCCCAGGUGCUUUUGUUUCUGGUGGGUAUGUAUCACUUUUACCCUUUUCAAGCGAGGGAAAUAAAAAUGGAGAAAAAUCCAUGCAGGGUUCUCAGGCGCUCGAAACGAAUAGAGUUGGCCCAUCCAACUUUCCAUAACUGAUUUCAGCGCGGGAGGGGGCGGGGGAAGGACAAGAACGACCACAGUAACUAAGGAAGCCGAUUCCAAAGGGGAAAGUCUCCGGGAUGAAGCGGUUGCUAGGCGGCGGGGGGGCGCGCCUCCGCCUCGCGCUCCUCCUCCGUCACUGGCUCUUGGGCGCCAGCGCGUGCCCGUGCCAGCAACCUGCGCUUUGCAAACCUAUCUCGACUCAAUGGGACUUCGAGGUCUUUGUAUUUGAUGUUGGUGGGAAGACCUGGAAAUUUUAUGACUGGACACAAAUUACAACAGUGGCAACUUUUGGACAGUAUGACCCUGAGCUUCUAUGUUAUGCUCAUUCAAAAGGAUCCAGAGUUGUUUUAAACGGAAACAUAGCUGUGAAGGAAAUCUUAAAACCUGCUGUUCGAACAGCCUGGAUAAAACAAAAAACCAGUCUGGCUAAAAAGCAAUACAUGGAUGGAAUCAAUAUAGACAUUGAACAAACAGUUAAAAAAUUUUCAGCUGAAUAUUAUGCAUUAACUUCUUUAAUUAAAGAAACAACAGAAGCUUUUCACAAAGAAAUUCCAGGUUCACAGGUAACUUUUGAUGUACCUUGGUCUCCUCAGCACAGCGAUAGAUGCUAUAACUACACUGGAAUUGCUGAUUCCUGUGAUUUCCUGUUUGUGAUGUCUUAUGAUGAACAGAGUCCAGUGUGGUCCAACUGCAUAGCAGGGGCCAAUGCUCCAUACAAACAAACUUUGGCGGGAUAUGACCAUUACCUGCACAUGGGCAUUAAUCCAAAGAAGCUGGUGAUGGGUGUUCCAUGGUACGGCUAUGAUUAUACAUGCCCAGGCUUACGUAAGAUUCAUGUUUGCUUCUUUGCAAAGAAAGUUUUCCAAGAGGCCCCAUGCAAUCAUGCAAAAAUAAGUCAAGUCCCCUAUAGAAACAUCAUGAAAUGGGAGAGGAGUUCUAUUUCUGGGAUCCUGUGGGAUGAAGACCAAAAAGCUCCCUAUUUAGAAUACAAGGACUCACAGGGUGUUUUUCACCAAGUGUGGUUUGACAAUCCCAAGAGCAUUUCUCUGAAAGCAGCCUACGCAAAAAUGCAUGGUCUGAGGGGCAUUGGGAUGUGGAAUGCAAAUUGUCUUGAUUACUCUGCAAACUCUACAGCUCGACAGCAAACAGAAGCAAUGUGGGAAGCCUUGAAAGGGGCAUAAUUUAUAAGACAGCAGUGCUUGAAUUCAGACAGCCGUGAAUGGUUGGUUAAUUUUUUUAAUGGGUACAGUAUAGUACACAAGAAAAAACUCUGAAGACUAACUGAAAUUCAACUACAUGGUUCCACAAACAGGGCCUGUGCUGUUGUUCCUUGGGGUUGUGAUUUUUAUUUAUUUUUCCAUAAAGAAAAGAAGUUAUAACACUCAUUCUAAGCAUGUCAUUUAAUUCCAGGAAAAGAAAGGGGAAAAACAUGUCAUAAAUAUGGCAAAUAAAAUCUUUAUA